AUGGGUUUGUGUUCUCCUGAAUCUGAAAAGUCUCAAUUAAACAUGGACUACACUUCAAAGAACGGUUCGCAAUCCAUUUUUAAGCACCUUAACCGGCAUCUGAAACUCAAUAACAACAAUAACAACGACAAUAACAAUUUGAACGGCGCAAACAUGAGCAGUUAUAGCAAUCACUCACCAUACGACCCCUCAUACGACGCAAGGAUCAAUCAGAACCCACAAAAUAGCGGCACCGGAUGCUUUUCUGGCAGCAUUGACUCUUUGAUGGAUGAGCACAUAAUACCAUCGCCACCUUUGUCACCCAAAGAGGAGUCGGAUUUCCAGCACGAUGCUUCAUCUCACAUAUCCUCGUCAGCACUGGUGGGUGCCACGCCCAAGGGGCCUGUAGAGAAUGUGUUGACCGUAAAGCCUGCGUGGCCCAAUGGGUUAACAAGGAAGAGAUACCGCUACGCCACUUAUGGGUUUUUGUCCCAAUACAAAAUUUUCAGCAAUUUGGCACAACCAUAUUCCAAGAACAUCAUCAACAGGUAUAACAAUCUGGCCUAUAACAACAGAUACAAGUAUUCCAAGUAUAACGAUGAAUUAACCCCUUCUUCUUCAAGGUUACCUUCUCCGCUAGCAUCCCCGAAUUUGAACAGACAAUCAAGAUAUAAUAUGAGGAAACAGGUCCUUUACAACAGCAAUCUGGGCAAGUUUGAAUCUGACACUGAAUGGAUAUCAAGGGAACGCAAAGUGUACUCACCGCAAAGAAGGACAAUGACGACCAGUCCACACCGUGCCAAGAAGUUUUCACCCUCAGCAUCCGCGCCUCAUACUAAUAUUGCAUCCAUGGAGGCCAUCCAUGAAGCCCCUCAAUACGUUCCCAAUAUCUCAUGGAAAAAACUGCCUGAUUUCUCUCCACCAUUAUCCACGCUACCUCCAGACACUAACAAAUCACUCAAGAUCGAGUGGAAGGGGUCCCCGAUGGACCUGUCCGCAGACCCGCUGAGGGACGAACUGCAUCCCGCCGAAUUAGUGCUGGCUCAAACGCUAAGGCUACCUUGCGAUUUGUAUUUGGAUUCCAAGAAAAGGUUGUUUCUGGAAAAGGUUUAUAGAUUAAGGAAGGGGUUGCCGUUUAGAAGAACCGAUGCUCAGAAAGCUUGUAGGAUUGAUGUCAAUAAAGCAUCAAGAUUGUUUCAAGCUUUUGAGAAAGUCGGCUGGCUAAGGGAUUCGAAUUUUACAAAAUACUUAUGA